AAAAACCUCCUUCCACUCUCUCUCUCUUUUCUUUCUCUUCGCAUCAGGCGGCGGCCGCGGCCGGAAAACAGGCAGAUGGCAAUUCCGAUGGCCAGAGCUUGCUCUCCUCUAUCGCGGUGGCUCCACGUGCUGGUGGCGGUAAUGUUGACGGCGGCCGGAGGUUGUUGGGGCGGGAAGACUCGGCACUUCAAGUGGGACGUGGAGUACAUGUUCCGGUCGCCGGACGGCGAGGAGAAUCUGGUGAUGGGAAUCAACGGCCAGUUCCCCGGGCCGACGAUCAGAGCCAGAGCCGGGGACACGGUACACGUGGAGCUCACCAACAAGCUCCACACCGAGGGAGUUGUUAUUCACUGGCACGGUAUUAGACAGCUAGGGACGCCGUGGGCAGAUGGGACAGCUUCAAUCUCACAGUGUGCAAUUGCCCCUGGUGAAACUUUCCUCUACAGGUUCAAAGUUGACAAGGCAGGGACAUAUUUUUACCACGGGCAUUAUGGGAUGCAAAGGUCAGCAGGGUUGUAUGGUUCGUUGAUAGUGGAAGUGGAAGAUGGGAAGAGGGAGCCAUUCCACUACGAUGGAGAGUUCAACCUAUUGCUAAGUGACUGGUGGCACAAGAGUGUUCAUGAACAAGAAAUUGGCCUCUCCUCCCUCCCCUUUCGAUGGAUCAAUGAACCAGAGACUUUGCUGAUUAAUGGGAGAGGGCAAUACAAUUGCUCAUUGGCGGCGCAGUAUAACAAGUCAGCAGCAUUGUCACAGUGCACGUUAAGAGGGGGUGAGCAAUGGGCACCCAAUGUAUUGAAAGUGCUCCCAAACAAGACUUACAGGCUGAGGAUUGCAAGCACCACUGCCUUGGCUUCACUGAACUUGGCCAUUGGAAAUCACAAAAUGGUGGUGGUGGAAGCCGACGGGAACUACAUCCAGCCAUUCGAGACCAACGACAUCGACAUCUACUCCGGCGAGAGCUACUCCGUCAUCUUCACCACAAACCAAAACCCUUCAACCAAUCACUGGAUCUCCAUCGGCGUCCGCGGCCGGCGUCCACAAACUCCACAAGCCCUAGCAUUGCUAAACUACCUUCCAAACUCUGCAUCAAAACUUCCCCUCUCUGCACCACCUCCAACUCCCCAAUGGAACGACUACGCACACAGCAAGUCGUUCACCAACAAGCUCAAGUCCCUCAUGGGCACACCGCAGCCUCCGACGACACACCACCGCCGGAUCGUCCUGCUCAACACGCAGAACAGGAUCGACGGUUACAUCAAGUGGGCAAUCAACAAUGUCUCACUGUCUCUGCCUCCCACUCCCUACUUGGGAUCGAUCAAGCACGGCCUGAAGGCUGCAUUCGACCAGAGCCCACCACCAGAGAGCUUCGCGAACGGGUACAACAUCAUGGUUCCUCCGGUGAAUCCCAACACGACGACGGGGAAUGGGGUGUACGAGAUCGAGUUCAACACGACGGUGGAUGUGAUCCUGCAGAACGCGAACGCGUUGGCAGCGAACACGAGCGAGAUCCACCCGUGGCAUCUGCACGGGCAUGAUUUCUGGGUGCUAGGGUAUGGUGAAGGGAGGUUUGAGGAAGGUGAUGAGAAGAUGUUCAACUUGAAGAACCCGCCGUUGAGGAACACGGCGGUGAUUUUCCCUUACGGAUGGACGGCGCUGAGGUUCGUGGCGGAUAAUCCUGGGGUCUGGGCGUUUCACUGCCACAUUGAGCCGCAUUUGCAUAUGGGGAUGGGUGUUGUGUUUGCAGAAGGUGUGCAUCUUGUUGGGGACGUGCCUAGUGAGGCGCUGGCUUGCGGGUUGACCGGCAAGAGGCUCGCCAGCACCGGCGGGAGAUGAGUGAAGGUUUGGUUGAUAACAAAACUCUGCCAUUGUAGUAAUGGAUGUGAUGCUCUGUAUGUAUGCUCUGGUUGAUCAUUUGGGCGUAGCAACUUUACACGAAUGCAAAAAAGGGAUGAAUUUGAGUUGGAUUGUAAACCAAAGAGGAAAAGAAAAUACUAACUGGUUGUUUGAUGUUUGCGGGAAUGUUGCAGUUUCAUGAAAUUAGUACAAUCUCGAUCUUUACAAGAAGUCGACGUCGUGUUCUUGGUGUUCAAGGACUACAGUGGCAAGAGCGAGCCUGUAUGCCGAGGAUCUCAGAUUUCUGACGAGGACAUAGAUUUCCUUCCUCCUCUCCUCCACAGGCAUUUCUUUCCACUGUUCUUCCCUCAGGCGGGAUAACAGAAUCGUCUCACAGAAUGCUUGUGCUGCUGGCUUCUUGCUUCCACGGACGAAUCCAGUUGUCACGAAACCGAUAGGCAAUCGGUGAGAUUCCAUACUGGCAGGAUCUUGUGGGAUCUGAAGGUCCCAGUCUCCUGAAGAUUGCUUUUGGAAGUAUGACCUCA